GAAUUUAAGCAGAGCUUCAGGCUAACCUGGCAUCACCAUUCAGGUGGAGUGAGAACCGAGCCAACAUGAGUUUGACCGAGAAGGACAAGACUGCCGUCAAGACCCUUUGGGGCAAAAUCUCCAAGUCCGCUGAUGCCAUCGGGGCUGAUGCUCUGGGCAGGAUGCUCAGCGUGUAUCCGCAAACUAAGACCUACUUCUCCCAUUGGUCUGAUCUGAGCUACGGCUCUGGCCCCGUGAAGGCCCACGGAAAGAAGGUCAUGAGUGGAGUGGCUUUGGCUGUUUCCAAGAUUGAUGACCUUACCGCCGGCCUGCAGGACCUCAGUGAGCUGCACGCCUUCCAGCUGAGGAUUGACCCGAAUAACUUCAAGAUCCUGAGCCACUGCAUAAUGGUGGUGGUCGCCACCCUGUUCCCCAAAGAUUUCACCCCAGAGGCUCACGUCGCCACCGAUAAAUUCCUGAGUUGCCUGGCCCUGGCUCUCUCUGAGAAGUACCGUUGAGCCGUCAGCAGUGAAGAAUGCAGCCUGCCACACACGACCACACACACUCGUGGUGACAAGAAAAUGAAUAAACUGCAAAAUAAGAAAAUCUGAAA